UCCCACGAAAAUUGCAAUUCUUAUUUAGAUUAAUUAUAUCCCUGAAAUGUAUGUGAAUUUUUGCUAUUGGCAAAAGUGAACACAAUAAACAUAAAUAAAUCAUGGCUGCUGGACCAAUUGCUGAACGAAAUCAAGAUGCGACGAUUUAUGUUGGCGGACUUGAUGACAAAGUCUCUGAGACAUUGUUAUGGGAACUUUUUGUGCAGGCGGGACCAGUUGGUAUGAUCUCAUUUAACGUACACAUGCCAAAAGAUCGUGUAACGCAAAUGCACCAAGGUUAUGGGUUUGUGGAAUUCUUGAGUGAAGAUGAUGCUGACUAUGCCAUAAAAAUUAUGAAUAUGAUAAAAUUAUACGGAAAACCCAUAAGAGUUAAUAAAGCGUCAGCUCAUCAAAAGAACUUAGAUGUGGGAGCAAAUAUUUUUAUUGGCAAUUUAGAUCCAGAGGUCGAUGAAAAGCUUUUAUACGAUACUUUUUCUGCCUUCGGUGUAAUAUUGCAAACGCCAAAAAUAAUGCGUGAUCCAGAAACUGGCAAUUCAAAAGGAUUUGCUUUCAUCAAUUUUGCAAGUUUCGAAGCUUCAGAUGCUGCAAUGGAUGCAAUGAAUGGCCAAUAUCUUUGCAAUCGGCCUAUCUCCGUAUCGUAUGCAUUUAAGAAAGAUUCGAAAGGUGAGAGACAUGGUUCAGCAGCGGAGCGGUUGUUAGCGGCCCAAAAUCCCUCGUCACAUGCUGAUCGUCCACAUCAACUUUUUGCUGAUGCUCCCGUGCCUAGUAUGAUGCCUGUAAUUCCAGGACAAAUAAUACCGCCACCUUUAAUGGCACCGCCUCCACCACCACCACCAAAUGCUGCGGCGGCCGCGUCGAAUAUGCUGCCACCUCCACCACCCGUUCCGCCACCACAAACAGCUUUUGUUCCGCCGCCUCCGUUACCACCAUUGGCCGGAAAUCAAGCACUUCCACCGCCAGUAGGUAUACCUCCACCUCCAAGAAUGUUGCCACCAAAUGCUUGGCCAGCUGGCGCGCCUGCACCACCGCCACCUAACUGGAGACCUCCAACGGGAUUUCCUACUGCUCCUUUUCCACAACGAUCAUUCAAUGGGGAAGCUACCGUGGCUUAUCAAUACUGAUAUAAUGUGUGUAAACAAAUAUAAGUUGUGAGGUUUCAAUAAUAUUUUUCUUCAUUACAUUAAGGUUUGAAUGAAAUUUCUAUUUUCUUUGUCUAUACGUUAGUGUCAUUCUGUUUCAGAUUUUUUUGGGUUAGAUAUCAUGAACGACGCACUUUUUAAGUGACCGUAGGCUCAUUGGCCGUUUCCGCAAAUAUAAAAAUUAAACGAAGUUAGAGUUUUUUCAAAAAAACUUGGUU